CUUGUUUAAAUAGGAUGCAUUAAGGUGAAAAAAACAUUUACCUUUACAACCCCUUUAAGAAACAACAGGAGAGGUGGAGAAAGUAUCCACAGAAUGGAAGUAGACGGGCAGGGAGAUCCUUGCACUAUGGGUCCUUGGGUACAGCUUUCUGUACAGCACAGAGAAUAUAUUCAACCUUUUUUUAGGUCUUCAACUUUUAUGAAAAUACCACAUUGUAAUCCUGCUAUGAAGGCCCUUGUUCAGGAACUCCCUGUUAUAGAGUAACAACAGUGUGUGCCCAUCUCCCAGUUGUGCCACCUGUGUUGUCAUUCUGUCACAUGAUGAGUGCCUUGUAAAGAUUUAUUAAUGGCCAUUUCAACACACAAUACGCAGGCAUGGUCCAUUCUUGUCCUCAUCAGAAAACCCACCCUGAGAAAUGGCAGGCAGCCAUCACUAGAGUGUAUGUAGAGAAGAAGUUGACACAAAGAGGUUGCAUGGGACACACACCACAUUGAUCCAACAAAGGAUAAGAAAGUUGGAAAAAGGCAAGUUUAUGAGUUAGGGUUUAUAUCUAUUUUAAUUCUCCAGAACACACAUAGGAUAAUCGUGGAUAGACUGCACAUACACAUGUUUCAGGGUAGGUUACUACAUGGAGCAGAAAGCUCACAUUCGUAGCAUGCUUCUGCAAGUCUGUUCUCGUCCAUCUGACAUUACUUGUUGUUUACAGCACAGGUAUUAAACUCUGGGCAGGUCCAUGCAAAUGACAGGUCUCCCAUCCGUGUGGAUUACAUCACACGAGCUCUUCUUGUCCUUGUCACUGCCAAAUUAUAAUUUGUUUAUGGAGGUCUGGGCAGGAGCCCAGCUUACUUCUCGUCUGCAUACCUUCAAAAGCGAUGUCGCUGUCCUGGAAGACAAUAAGUCAUUGGGAUCACAGAUCGUGAGCUCCUGGUGCUCAGUGUCUCGGUCACCCCUAGCGCCUCUUAUCACAGGACUAUGGCUGUGUAUUGCUAUGCCUUGAACAGCUUGGUGAUAAUGAAUAACAGCAAUGUGAAGACGGUCAGUGUGACAAAGACGAGCCCAAGUUGCCAGAGACCUGUGCUGCCUGUGCCGGACAGACGGAGCACUUAUUGCCCACUGUUGGUCAGUCCGUCACUGCCACUCUACAGCCCAGGACCACCUACUCCUGGGAACUCUCCUAGAAACAAUGGGUCAUCUUCUUCUUUUAUUUUUCCUGAACCAGGAGAACGGACUACGUCAAGAAGCCGCAGCCCAAGUUGGAAUGGCAGAGAUGGACAGUCACCAAGGUUGCCAAGAGUUGGGAGGUGCCCUUCACCGCUUCGACUUCAGGGUAGUUAUGUUGGAGAAGCAGUUUCUGUGAUAGAUUCACGUUUGGGGACAUGGUUGGGGUCUGGACAGGGUAAUGGCUCGGGGACUGCAAACACUGAAUCCGAGGACAAAAGGCGCAUAGCACGGAUACAACGUGAGCUUCAGAAUGUUCAAGUCAAUCAGGUGGUUGGACUUUUUGAAGCUCAUAUUCAAGCACAAAAUAGUCCAAAUUCCCCAACACUUAGAAGCCCUCGACUGGGCAGUAGGUCACCUUCCCCUCUACGACACACAAGGCAAGAAGAGUCUGUGUUUACAUUUGGUCAGGACAGGGGAAGAAAACCCUCUUGGUGCAAAAAAGAGGAGCCACCAUCAUCUACAAGUCAGUCAGUGGUUUCAACAGCUCCAACGGUGGUUCCAACAACCUCUUCCAUUAUGACCACUGUCGAAAAGGACAUUUAUAGAACUAACAAUGUAACAAAUACAAAUACAUUCAACACUUGCUCUUCAGUAGUUGCCCCCACUCAGCUAUUCAACACUUCCUUUCUAUCAGAGGACACCUGCAAGUCAAGCUUUCAUGGUUUGACCUCUCCCAUUCCUGCGGUCAUAGUCACUGACCAUGGGGAGGAUGAUUUUAAUGUGGACCUUAAUAGCCCUAGCAUCGACCCGACAACUCUUCCCCGAAAACUAUCCUCUUCGUCCGCUUCUUCUACUGGAUUUUCUUCCUCUUGGGAUGAAUCUGAGGAUGAUGUCUCCAGUGAUCCUGAAAGAUCCCCAGAACAAAGCACUCCUUUCCUUCAGACGAUUGAGCAGAAGCCAAGAGUGAGCAAGUCAUGGAGGAAGAUCAAGAAUAUGGUUCACUGGUCUCCCUUUGUCAUGUCAUUCAAGAAGAAGUAUCCCUGGAUUCAACUGGCAGGACAUGCAGGUAGUUUCAAGGCCGCAGCCAAUGGUAAGAUCCUAAAGAAGCAUUGUGACUGCGAGCAGCGAUGUCUCAGCCAGCUUAUGAAUGAUGUGCUGAAGCCCUACGUCCCCAUGUAUCACGGCGAUGUGCUGAAAGACGGUGAGAGAUACAACCAGAUGGAGGACCUGCUGUCCGAGUUUGAAAGUCCCUGUGUCAUGGACUGCAAGAUGGGGGUCCGGACCUACUUAGAGGAAGAGCUGACAAAAGCCCGGAAGAAGCCUAGCCUGAGAAAAGACAUGUAUGGCAAGAUGAUUGAAGUGGAUCCCAGUGCGCCAACAGAAGAGGAAAAUUUGCAGCGAGCUGUCACCAAACCGCGCUACAUGACGUGGAGAGAGACGAUCAGUUCAACAGCCACACUUGGCUUCAGGAUUGAAGGCAUCAAGAAAGAAGAUGGCACAGUAAACAGGGAUUUUAAGAAAACGAGGAGCCCAGAGCAGAUCAAGGAAGCCUUCCGGGACUUUACAAAGGGGAACGCCACAAUCUUGACGUUGUACCUGAAUCGAUUGGAGGAUAUAAGAAACACACUAGAGCUGUCUCCUUUCUUUAAGAGCCAUGAGGUUAUUGGGAGCUCCCUGCUCUUCGUCCAUGAUAAGAAGGAGCAGGCUAAAGUAUGGAUGAUUGACUUUGGCAAGACCACCCCACUGUCGGAGGGCCAAGUUCUGGACCACAGAAUAGCCUGGGUGGAAGGAAACCGCGAAGAUGGAUACCUGUACGGACUGGACAACUUAAUCAAUAUCCUCAGAGACAUGCCAUGUGAGGAAGACAACCAUUAAAAGGGACUUCCGACCCCUCGCUGACACUCCAGGAAUGCACUACAAAACACUUUUAGCUCUCCCCACCCCCCUCCGCCCAAGUGAGGACGAUGCAGUCUGGAGCGGCUCAGCCUCCUGCUGUUAUAGGGUGAAAAAAUGGAAUCUGUGAUUUUAAGUCUUGUAAAUAGGUACUCCACAGAACAAAAAAAAAAAAGGACUAUUUU